AUGCCGAGUGCGAAAAAAGGGCCUACGCCCCCAGCUCGGCCGCGCAGAGAUGUGCUGGCCUCCCUGCGCAUGGCGUCGAUGGAAGAUAUUGCCCGAGCAGCUUUGCCGGCAGAGAUCGUCUCCUCUAUCCUCGACUACCUUGGGCCAGUCGAUCUCAUCCGAGCCGCACGAUCCUGCAAGCUCAUGCACGAAAUGGCGUAUGACGAUACGCGGUGGGUACACAGAUUGAAACGGAUUGGGUGCUGGGAUGAAGCGGAGGCCCGAAAAUAUGCCGAGAAAACAUAUGGGACUAUUGCCAACAUGGAGACCGUUCAGCGGGAAGAGCAAGCCGAGGAAAGCAGGCGGGGUGGUGGAUCGAUUCCGAUUAUAUCUGUUGAGCAAAGUCCCUCUGAUACAUCGCAUGCACUAUCCGAUGGAUUCGACAAGAUCGACCUGGCGAACCAAGCCCCGCAACCUGACAUGCUGGACGAUACCGCGGAUGACCCCGCGUUAGGGGCAAUUAAGCAGGCCAAAUCAAUUCGAGGCGAGGCGCGUCAGGAGUACGGGAAGAUCCAUGCUGCGCUGGCACCAUUCUUUCGCGACAUCACCGAAUCAGGGCCAUCGCCCGAGAACCUGGUCUUUACGAAGUUCAAAGACCCGCUGCCCCAAGCGCAGAUUCUCUCCCAGCUGCUCGCAUUUUCAAAGAGUGAUAUGGAGUCAGGCUGGCAGGAUCGAUUGCAAAACCUCGAGGGUGCAGCAUCCAUGUUUGAGACUGCGUCACUGAACGAGUUCCGUCAAGGCUACGAACUUGACGACAUUGACGGCGCUGUGCGGAGAUACGCCCAUAUUCUCUGGGCGCUCAAUGGCGGGCGUUCUGCUGUGGAACUGUUUAUCCAUCAUAAUCACCUGAUGACCCGCAAGGCCGAGCUCGGAAGUGUUGCAGACUGUAUUGACGGGUCAACUAACAGUGUGAAACUGGAACAUACACAGGCAUUUUUCACACGUCUGAGCGUUGCUUAUAACAAAGAGGUGUCCAUCAUCAACCGCGUGUUCCCCUCGCAAUUAGACGUGACAUCUUCCUUCAUGGAGAAAGUUGGUCAGGACGUACUCUACCCGUUCCUGACAGCAAUAUUUGACGAAUUGCAUCGUGUGAAUAUGGAGGCCUACCUCACUGCGGUGUCGGUUACUUUUAUCCAGUGCAUGAACCUUUCUGAUGUUCUGCUGCCAUCACGAAAUUCUGGCGACAAGUUCGAGGAACACAUUGACAACAUCGUCGCCAAAAUCUAUGAACCACAUGUUGACCUCUAUCUAGCAGAGGAACUGGGCUAUUUCCGAAAGGCCUCCGAGGCCACGGUGCUUGAGUGGGACAGGCAGUUGUCGGAGCAAGCCGCAUCAACUGAAUCAUAUCUGAUGUCCAACGUCAACCGGCAAGCCGACAAACGCGAUUUCUUGACUUCAUUCAAGAAAGUGAUCAUGAUGCCUGUCAAUAUUCUUCCCAGCUUCUCAAGUGCAAAAACAACCGAGGACCCAAAGUCAAUCGCCGAGAACAAUGGACGAGUCCCGUCUCCAGCGCCAAAGAACCCCAAUCGAUUUUCCACAAUAUCCUCCCCAGCCCCAGUGGCUGUUGAAGAAGCCCCGACCACCGAGCUGGCUGCCAAGGCGGCUAUCAUGAAGUUGAAAAUGGACGGCAUUCGCUCACUGUUCAGCAUAGAAAUCGCCCUGGGCUUGGUUCAUUCAGCCAAGUCGAGUUUGGAGAGAGCGGCCCAGUUUGUGCGCCUUGGUGGAGAGUACGGUGCCGCUGCAAAACAACAGUGCGAGUCUAUCUUUGUGGCUCUCCUGCGCAUUUUGGGCUAUCAACAUGUGAUCGUCGGCUUUGACAAGGCUGUCGAUCAUCUUUCCAACUAUCGACCACGCGAGCAAGGGGAGCGCGACCAGUCAGGGGUUGAACCUCUCGUGACUUUCCUUGAGUUGGUCAACGUCGGCGAUCUCAUUCUCCAGAUGAUGGAUGUGUUCUAUGAGCAGGAGUUGAUUGGCACAAGACUGACGGACCGCAACGAUUUCAUUGACCCUGCUGUCAAAGAGAAGAAGAAAUUCGAGCAGGUUCUCGACGAGCGAGUGGCCGCCGGUCUCAACAAGGGCAUUGACGUUCUCAUGGAGGAGGUGGACUAUAUCCUGGCGACCCGACAGCUUGCUACUGAUUUCAACCCCGGUGUCUCGUCAGACCCACACCGGCAGACCAUGGAUGUAGGCAUUAGUGAAGUGGCCGCAGCUGUUGUCGAUGUGGUGUCAACGCACACACAGAUGCUGGUGGGCAGUACGGACAAGAGCACGCUGGAUGUGUUCAACCAAGAAGUGGGGCUCCGUCUGUUCACGGCUCUGUGUAAGCACCUCAAGCGACAGCGGAUCAGCGUCGAGGGAUCCCUGAAGCUAAUUAGCGACAUGAACCACUACUUCAAAUUCAUUCAGACCCUCCGGAACAACGAGCUUCUUCAUUAUUUCAAGGCCUUCCGCGAGCUGGCACAGAUCUACCUGAUUGACCGGUCUGAUGCCAAGGAGUUGGCCACUAUCAUCGCCGACGCGGACCGCUUCCACGGAAUUUGGCGCGUGGAAGAGGUGUACGAGUUUGCCGAACGCCGCGCCGACUGGUACCAAGUCAAGCGCGAUGUGGAACGAGCCAUGUACGGCAUUGGGUGUAGUGUGAUGUGA